GCACGCUUACGCAUGCUGCUGUUAUGGCUCAGGUCUUUGCAUCGGCAUUUCCAGCAUGGGUCCCUCCGCGUUCCCUGUCGACAAGCGUCCCGGGGCUCAAAGGCUAGCAGAGCCGGGUGGGAAGAAAAGAGCAAGAGCAGUGUGAAGUGGAGGCAGCUGGAACACAAGGGCCCAUACUUCAGCCCAGCCUAUGAGCCCCUUCCUGAUGGAGUUCACUUCUUCUAUGAUGGAAAGCCGGUGAGGCUGAGCUUGGCAGCGGAGGAGGUCGCUACUCUCUAUGGGAAAAUCCAGCAUCUUGAGUGUACGACCAAGGAAGUCUUCCAGAGGAACUUCUUCAGUGACUGGCGGAAGGAAAUGACAGCUGAGGAGAGGAAGCUCAUCACACACCUUGACAAAUGUGACUUCACGGAGAUCCAUAGGCACUUCAUGGAGAAAGCUGAGGCCCGCAAGACCCUGCCCAGGGAGCAGAAGCAGAAGCUCAAAGAAGAGUCAGAGAAGCUUCAGCAGGAGUUUGGCUACUGUAUUUUAGAUGGCCACAGAGAAAAAAUUGGCAAUUUCAAGACGGAGCCACCUGGCUUGUUCCGUGGCCGAGGUGACCAUCCCAAGAUGGGAAUGUUGAAGAGGAGGGUCAUGCCAGAGGAUGUGGUCAUCAACUGCAGCAGGGAUUCCAAGGUCCCCGAGCCCCCAGCCGGUCACCAGUGGAAAGAGGUGCGCUCCGAUGACACGGUCACGUGGCUGGCAUCAUGGACGGAGAACAUCCAGAACUCCUUCAAGUACAUCGUACUGAACCCCAGCUCCAAGCUGAAGGGGGAGAUGGAUUGGCGGAAGUAUGAGGUAGCUCGACGCUUGAAGGGGGUUGUUGACAAGAUCCGUGCUCAGUAUCAGGCCGACUGGGAGUCACCAGAAGUGAAGAAAAGGCAGCUGGCUGUGGCCCUUUAUUUUAUCGAUAAGCUGGCGCUGCGGACAGGAAAUGAGAAGGAAGAGGGUGAGACGGCCGACACCGUGGGCUGCUGCUCACUCCGUGUGGAGCAUGUCCGACUGCACGCACAGGCUGAUGGCCAAGAGCAUGUUGUGGAGCUGGACUUCCUGGGGAAGGAUUCCAUCCGCUACAAUAACCACGUGACAGUGGAGAAGUUGGUGUUCCAGAACCUUCAACACUUCAUGCAGAACAAGGAUCCUAGGGAUGACCUUUUUGAUGCACUGACUACUUCCAGCCUGAACAAGCACUUGCAGGACUUGAUGGAGGGGCUGACAGCCAAGGUGUUCCGGACCUACAAUGCCUCUAUUACUCUGCAGGAGCAGCUGCGGGUGCUGACCUGUGCACAGAAAGCCAUGAAGGACGAUGCCCGCCUCCCAUGCACACACCACUCUCUAGUCAAGAGUUUCCUCAAGGAGACACUGAGACCCAUGGGCUCAGAAACUCUCUGGUCAUGGCAAGCUGAAGACAGCCUAACCUGCAAAGUUUUAGCUUACAACCGGGCGAACCGGGCUGUGGCUGUCCUCUGUAACCAUCAGAGAGCAAUUCCCAAGACCUUCGAGAAGUCGAUGCAGAUGCUCCAAAAAAAGAUUGAGACAAAGAAGGCACAGGUGGCCGAGGCACAGGUAGAGCUGGAGAAGGUGGAAGCUGACCUGAGGAUGAGAGGGGACAGCAAGUCCAAAAGUUACCUUCAAAAGCAGCGGCGGUUGCUGAAGCUGGAACAACAGCUGGCCCAGUUGCGCACGAAGGCCACAGACAAGGAGGAGAACAAGCAGGUGGCCCUGGGCACUGCCAAGCUCAACUACCUGGACCCCAGGAUCAGCAUCGCCUGGUGUAGGAGAUUCGGAGUGCCUGUGGAGAAGAUCUACAACAAGACCCAGAGAGAGAGGUUCGCCUGGGCCUUCGACCAGGCAGGUGAAAACUUUGAAUUCUAAGUUGCCCCUUUGCCACUGAAACUUUCAUUCUAUGAAGCAGUAUUGUAGUUUUCUAUAAUAAAAUGUU